CAUUGUAGUUUAAAAGGACACGCCGCUUGACGAAUAUGUCUAUUGUGCUUCUACUGUCAGUGUUGUGUAGCGUCUUCCUACCUGUGUGUAAUUCAGCCGAACUAUGUCAAAAGAUUACGUCCUGCUCAUGUCGGGAUUCAAAAGGAUUGAUCGACCUCACACCCCUUGCAAAGACCGACGGUACGGCCGCAUUCACUGACCUGUUGGACCCCAAGGGGUACUUCAAGUAUUCCUGGAAUCCGUGUAAUCCAUUCACCGAGGGCACCUGCAUCGGAGUCGCGGGCUGUCAGCAAGACACGAAUACUGGAGACUUCGCCAGUGUGGGCAAGCAGGACAAAGCACAGUUUAUAAAUGACGUGACAGAUGGGCUACAGAUACAGUACACAGAUGGAGCGAAAACGCUCUACGUGACGUUGAAGUGUGAUAAAAAAGUGACCGGUAAACUUGACGUGACGGGGGAAAAACCGGCCAGGAGCCAGCAAUAUUACUUAACGCUUCACAGUAAACACGCCUGUCCAGGGAGCGGAGGGGGAGAGGGGUCGGGUCCUGUUUCAAUAGGAACCGUCGUCGUUAUUGCAAUUUCAGGUUGUGUGAUCCUGUACAUCGUCGGAGGGGUAAUCUUCCAGAAGUUUGUACGGAAGGCAUCGGGAGCUGAACUACUUCCUAACUACAGCUUCUGGUACUCCGUGUUCGGAGCCAUACAUACAGGGUUGCUGUUCGUGUUUCGGUGCGGCAAGGGAAACAAAGUCUACUCUGAAAUAUGACGGCAAUCGGACUGGUCCGUGUCAUGAUUACUCAGGGAACAGGCGCUUCACACUGACUCCAACCAGCAUAAUGUUUCCUGGCAAUGUAAUACCAACAAUGAUGACGUCACAUAAUGCUAAUAAUAAUAAUAAUAAUAAUGAUGAUGAUUAUGAUGAUGAUGAUGAUUAUGAUGAUGAUGAUAAUCAAAGACAGCCGAGUGUACAGCUAAUUAAACAGCACUGGACUGCACCAAAAUUCUUCAUUGGAAACAGUACUUUUUUUUGUGUCUUCCCGGGGAUGGGGUCUCUUAGGUGCAUCAGAACCUCAUGUGUGAGUUCGAAUCCCAGAUUCGCCGUGAUUAUGUUUCUAGGUUUGUAAGCACCUAAGUCGUUAGUGUCUAAGACCUGUAUCACAUCGAGCUGAUAAAACGAAAAAACGGUUUAAUAUAAAGCGGUGGUAAACCAGCCCAUCCACUCACUAAUCUGUCGCUGCUGGUGUACAAUAAAAAGUACCCCUGAAAUCAAAAGUGUAUCUUCUAGCCAAACGGUCUUGAUUAACAGCUCAUGCUAUCAACCACUGGCCGGGGUUCAAUGUCCUAGAAUGAAUAUUACUGUUCACUCACUCACUCACACACUCACUCACUCACUCACCGCAAUGUACACUGGUGUUUAAAGAGCAGGGAAAGCCAAGGUAGGUGUGUGUGUGGAUGAACACUGAUUUUCUCUCGCAUAUUUAUCUGUAAACACAGUCUGUGGUCGCAAAAUGUGGUAACCAUGACAACAGGAUUGUGAAGUCUUUAUUACUGAUAUUUACAGAGGUGUAUCUGCAGACACGUCGUUUCUAAUACUCCCACUGAUUAUCGUUACAACUAGAAACACUUGCACGUGCACAUUAACAAAAUGGUAUCCAUGGAAAUGUUUAGCUGCACGGGGUCACAUGUACGGGGGUUCCGACGACAGUGGAAUUGACCGAUUAACGGGUUUCCUGAUUAAUGGAUUAUGGGUACGUAUUUAAUGGCUUUUUUUACUUCUAUAUCAGUCUUAUAUGAUCUUUGGAUGAUUAUGGAAAAACACCAUGGGCACUGUGUCAUAUGAGAAAUAUUUUCUAUGCAUUUUGUUUUCGUGUUCGUGUUCG